UGGUUUAUGAUCUUACUGUUUAUUAGCCUCGGAGGCGAGUACAACCAUGCCUUUACGCUCAUUUCUUUGGAUUUUACUUGUUCUUCCGCAGCUGGGCGUGCCAAAUCCUUCUGUUUGCUUACCCGAUGGUCUACCCCUGGCUUUUUGGUUUUUAACCCGCCAUUCUCCCACUGGAGUGGCAUCACUCGUUGAGCCCUCUUGAAGGUAAAGCUCUGUACGCGCUUUCUGUCUUUUCAGUGUUUAAUGUUGGGGUCAUAAUAUCUCUUUAUCACGUUCAUUUCCAGAUCACCAUGCGAUCCAUCCUGAUCGCCCUUUUGGUUGCCAAAGCCGUGUUUGUUUGUGCUACAGGAAACGGGUGUUCAGACAAAAACCUCGAAGAACUUGCUACAGGAAGACCUUGCGGCGACAAGGAUACCAUCUCGAAAUGUCUCGGCGCUAGUCUCAGCCUUGGGCAAUCUAAUCGAAUACAGCACUGCUUUGUUGCUGGCGGAUGCGACGAGGCUGAUGCCAUGGUGGGAGCUGCCUGGUCUGAGGAUAAAUGCCCUGAAUAUGGAGAUUCAGAUAUUCAGGAACUGCGGCGGAGGGAGAUCCAAUCAAUAAUCACCGAGACAAGAAAAGCAGAAUCAACAGCGUCUAUCCCUUCAAGGAUAGAUGCGAACACAACACCAAAACCAUCAUCACCCCGUACCGCUCAGACCAUUUCCCUAAGAGCUGCAUCCUCUACAACUAGUCAGUCGCGUGCUAGCCCGGCGAUCUUAACGAGAGAUGCCAGCACAACAACACCUCUAGUCUGCUUCACCACAACCAUGAUAACGACAUCGUACUGCUCAGUGAGUGUGGGAAAGACCAUCUGCCAUUCGACAAUCACAGCCUCCCCAACCUGCGCACCCGGAAUUAUCUGCCAGAAAGACUCAGAAGGACAUGAUAUAUGCAUGCAAAGAGACGACCACGUCCCCCUGGCCGGCAUCGUGAUCAUUGCCGUUUUCUCUGCCUGCAUAAUUGGGUUCACCAUCUCGAUGUUUAUCUCAAGUGCGCUGGCACGCAGGGCCCGUAAACGACAGCAAUUACAGAGGACGGCCAUAGCUCCCGGAGUCUAUGGGGGUGGAGGUGGGGGAGGUAGAGCGAUGGCAGAUGUAGAGGCAGUGAAGGGUUUUUUGAAUAAGGGACAGUCCGAGGCGAAUCUUCCUUUAAUAUCAUCUGAAGGGAGGAGUAACGAGUACAAUGAGCAAUACGACAGACCGAGACAAACUACUGGAGGGUCGAAUACAACGCCCUUGCCCCCUCUGCCCCCUCUACGGUUACAUCAAGGGUUCGAAGCUCUACAAUAGGAUCUUGGACAAUAAUGUAUCGAGGGUUGCAAAUCGGAAUUUACGACAAGUCUAUGAUACGAUACCUAUGGUGAAUGGGAAUUUGACGAAGCUAUUUCAAACCAUCUUUGGAGCUAUUCUGGAAUAUUACGACUAAUUCGCCACAUGUUGAGAGUGUACAUAUAGUACGAGAUUGUACCUGAUUUGCUUCCUUGCAAGUUGCAUCACUAAUUGGCUGGAAAACUAUAUCCCCCAAAUAUAUCUCUAUCCCAAAAUCUCAGGCGCAGAUCUCAGGAUACCCUUCUUCGUCACAUCAAUCAUCUUCUUCCUCCUCUCUCCUUGCGAGGACUCCUUUUUCCAAAGAGUUGGACUUCUCAUACUCGCUUUCUCACGUACUCCACUUCCUCACUCAUCUCAAGACUCAGAUAAGCU